AUGUCCAAUGGUAGGAUGAACGACGGUUCCACUUGCGAAAUCCCCCAAAUCCACUUCUCCAUCGCACAACCUUUGAGUUAUCUCCGUCCGUCCAUUCUUGACUAUUCCAACAAACGCGGCCAAGACGUACCUGUAUCAACUUCCUGCAAGCCACCCGGCGAUGGCUCCGAAAAGCAGGAAUGUGAGCAUGGCAUUUCGCAAAAGCCCAAGGUCUCCAAAAUUUUCCACCAUCCUCCAGGCUCGUACAGUGUUAGCGCACCGGUUUCUCACAAUGUUUCCGUCUUCCCUGUCAUCUGGAGAGGACCCUUCCCUUCCCUUUCCAGCCUUUUGCCAAAUCAGUGUCCCCCAUCCCCUUCCCCCUCCUCAGAUUCCGAACGAGGUAAUGACAACAAGCGAUCGGCGGUGCCCAGCAUGAAGACCAGCGCCCGGCACUCAGAACAGCAAAGCGACGAUCCCACAAUAAGCCCGACUCAGCCGAUCGUCUCCGGCCAAUGGCAUUCUCGGUAUGGGGAUCGUCAUCAAAAGGGAAAAUCCAAGGGGUGGUUGUCAGUGCUGCACUCUGCCUUGUCUGCGUGGACGGUUCAGGUUCCGGAGGGAUGCCGUUGCAACGCUACAACCUCGCUCGCACUGCCAUGCCCUAUCAUGAAGCCUGCUCACAUCUCAUCAGCAGAGGAUAUCAGGAACAGAGACGUCUCCUCUCUCACUCGCUCACGGUUAUUCGACAGAAGAGCUGCUAUUACCCUCUCAUUCGCAUGGUCCACCGCCAGACCAACACCGAACACGCCGCUCUGCCCCGCCCCCAAGCCGGGGAGAGACUCGGGAUAUCCUACGGAGUACGGACCACGGCAAUAUGGUGGUGGGAUCAUGGCCGUCCCUCUUGCCGCCCACCCGUGUCAGCGGCUUCCCUGCAUUAUCGUGUGUGCCAUGUUUCGUCCCCCCGCGCAGGUCCCCUUAUUACACGCUUCUAAUUCAUUGUUCCCUUUCUUCCAACUUCUCAGCGACUCUUAG